CGCAACUUCACACACUUCCUCAAAACAUAGCCGCGCUAGAAUACUGUCAAACUUGACGAACUUUACUCCGGGCGGACAUUUAUUGUCCCACCUUUGAAACAGAAGUUGAGAUAAUAUUUAACAGAUAAGCGACUUUAGUGAGUGUGCGUUUAACUUUAUGGAGUGGUGUUUGAGUUGGGAGACCUGUCGAUGUGGUUUUGUGAAUUGAAUUGAACUGAACGGGCUGGCUGUUCUUCACCUAAAGCAGCGAUGGUUUCAAUUGGCAAGGUGCUCCUUGGAGUCUUUGGGGUGGCAGUGGUCAUCAUUUUGAUAGCGGUGCCCACGGCGAUAUAUUUGAAUGAGGAUGGGAGCAGUGAAAACAAGAGAACUUUCACCCUUGACGAUGUCUUCAACAGUUCACUGAAGCCCACGUCCUACAACAUGAGGUGGAUCUCAGAUCAUGAGUAUCUGCAUAAAAAAGACGGCUCAGUCUUCCUUCAUGAUGCGAAAACUGGAGCCGCCUCAGAAUUCUUGAGCAGCAUGACAUUUCAACAAUUUGACGCCUAUGAUUACCAGUUGUCUGCCGACCGCCAAUACGUUGCUUUCAUAAGCAACUACACAUCGCUGUGGAGGCAUUCGUUUACAGCUUCAUAUUCGCUUUGCUACCAGGCCAAUGGGUCACUUCUGUCAACACCUGACAUUCCACAUGAAAUCCAAUACUUUGCCUGGGCUCCCGAGGGGAACAAACUGGCAUUUGUUUUGAAAAAUAAUGUGUAUGUGAAGACCAGCCCUACCUCGCCAGCACAGCAAGUCACUUUCAACGGGAAAGAGAACCAAAUUUACAAUGGCAUCCCAGACUGGGUGUAUGAGGAGGAGAUGUUCUCAUCAAACCAGGGUUUGUGGUGGUCGCCUGGGGGGAAGCACGUGGCCUAUGGCGAGUUCAACGAUACCGAGGUCCACACCAUCGAGUACUCCUGGUACGGCGAGGGACAGUACCCACACACCGUUAUCAUUCCGUAUCCUAAGGCAGGUUCUCCCAACCCUGUUGUGAAACUGUUUGUCGUGGACACCGCCAACACAACAAAGAUUACUCAAGUUGUUGUUCCAGCCUCAUUCGGCUCCGGUGACCACUAUCUGGUCUCGGUUACCUGGGUGACAGAUGAGGUUUUGGCUGUCCAGUGGUUGAAGAGAAAGCAAAACCACCUCAUCAUCCAGCUCUACAGGUUCGAUGGAAAUAACUGGAACACUGAAGAGAAACUGGAGCUGAUGAGUUCCACUGGCUGGCUUGGACGGUUUUCACCACCAGAUCCAGUUUUUGCCACAGACAAGAACAGUUAUUACCUGGUGGCGAGUGACACCAAUGGAUAUAAACACCUUCAUCAUGUGGUUGGGGGCAAGGCCACGCCACUCACCAGCGGCGCAUGGGAAGUCAUCGAAAUUGUGAAAGUAACUGCAGAUGCCGUAUAUUAUUUAAGUAACGAACACAACAGCAAACCGGGAGGAAACAACGUUUACAAGUGGACCAGCCAAGGACACAAAUGUCUAACUUGUAACUUUAAGGAGGAGGCCUGUCAAUACAACUCAGCCUACUUUAGCCACAACGCUUCUUUCUACCGCAUGGAAUGCCAAGGUCCCGAUAUUCCCUACUAUGUUCUCAUGGAUAACAAGGAAGAGAAAGAGCUCAGAGUUCUGCAAAAUAAUAGUCAGUUUCAGGACUUGAUAUCUGACAUCCAGAUGCCCACCGUGAGCCGUGACAAAAUCAAAAUCGGAGAAUUCGAUCUGUGGUACCAGAUGACCUUUCCCCCAGGCUUUGAUAAAUCCAAGAAGUAUCCCUUGCUAAUAGAUGUUUAUGCCGGCCCCGCCAGCCAGAAAGUAACCUACCGCCACAGUGUGAGCUGGUCCACCUACCUGGCCAGCACUGAGAAAGUUAUCGUUGCCAGCUUUGACGGAAGAGGAAGCGGUUACCAAGGCGAUAAGAUAAUGCAUCAACUCUACCAACGUCUGGGAACCUAUGAGGUGGAGGAUCAGAUAACAGCAGCCCGAAAAUUCACCGAAAUGGGCUUCAUUGAUAAAGACAGAAUUGCAAUUUGGGGUUGGUCCUACGGUGGCUACGUCACAUCCAUGGCUCUGGGAGCUGGAACUGGAGUUUUCAAAUGUGGAAUGGCAGUCGCUCCUGUCUCAAAGUGGGAAUAUUAUGACGCCAUCUACACAGAGCGCUACAUGAAUCAACCUUUCGAAAAUUUAGUUAACUAUAAUAACUCAACAGUGACGGCCAGGGCGAAAAACUUCCAUUCAGUGCAGUACCUUCUGAUUCACGGCACAGCUGAUGACAAUGUUCAUUUCCAGCAGGCAGCCCAGAUCUCCAAAGCCCUGGUAGAUGAACAAGUCGACUUUGAGGCGAUGUGGUACACAGACAAGAAUCACGGUCUUCAGGGCUCAGCCUACCAACACGUUUACACCCACAUGACUCACUUCCUGAAAAGAUGCUUUGAAUUAAAUCCAUAGGAUCAUACACGUGUGUGUUUGCAAUACUAAAUACAAAAUGAGAAAUCAUUCCUAAUGACUGUAAUUGUAAAUGAUUUGCAGUGUUCAAAAUGUCAAGAUAAAGUCUUGUUUUUCCUUCUGGUAUAAAUGAAGUAAUUUAUGAGCUACAAAGUGGUCCAUGUUGUGAGAGCUCCACUCUGUGAUAUAGUUUACAUAUUUCUGAAAUUGACUUUUCACUUUGGUAGAGCAUUUUGAUUUUAUGGUGCACAUAUGUAAAAAUUAAAGGAUUCAGCAAGGUCGGCUGCUCAGGAAAUCUUUAGUCACACAGAUGUGCAUGCUGAAGAGUGAAAAUGCUCUGCCGAGAGUGAACCUGUAUUUAAGAAAACUGUGAGCAACUCAGACAUAGUUUUUUAAAUUUAGACUCAUACAAUAAUUUAUUCAGCUUUACUAUAUUAUGAAUGUUUUGUUGCAAUAAUUGUUUUGUAAAAGAAUGCAGAAUUAAA